AUGGCCAAGCGCAGCUCGCUGUCCAUCCGCAUCGUGGAGGGGAAGAACCUGCCCGCCAAGGACAUCACGGGCAGCAGUGACCCCUACUGCAUCGUGAAGGUGGACAACGAGCCCAUCAUCAGGACAGCCACCGUGUGGAAGACCCUGUGUCCCUUCUGGGGCGAGGAGUAUCAAGUCCACCUGCCGCCCACCUUCCACUCCGUGGCCUUCUAUGUCAUGGAUGAGGACGCCCUCAGCCGAGAUGACGUUAUAGGGAAGGUCUGCCUGACUCGAGACACCCUGGCCGCCCACCCUAAGGGUUUCAGCGGGUGGGCCCACCUGACGGAGGUCGACCCUAAUGAGGAGGUGCAGGGUGAGAUUCAUCUGCGACUGGAAGUGGUCCCCGGGCCCGGGGGCCCCCGACUACGCUGCUCUGUGCUGGAGGCCAGGGACCUCGCCCCAAAGGAUCGGAAUGGCGCCUCGGACCCCUUCGUCCGAGUGCACUACAACGGUCGGACACAGGUGACCUCGAUCGUGAAGAAAUCUUGCUACCCGCGCUGGAACGAGGCGUUCGAGUUUGAGCUGGAGGAAGGGGCCGUAGAAGAACUCAGCGUGGAAGCCUGGGAUUGGGACUUUGUCAGCCGUAAUGACUUCCUGGGCAAAGUGGUGUUCAAUGUUCCCCGCCUGUGGGCGGCCGGGCAGGAGGAGGGCUGGUUCCGGCUGCAGCCUGACAAGAUCAGGAGUCACCUGGACGAGGGCAACCUGGGCUCCUUGCAGCUGGAGGUGUGGCUGCGGGAUGAAACUGUGCUGCCCUCCGGCUGCUACCAGCCCCUGGUGCAGCUGCUGUGCCGGGAGGUGAAGCCACUCACUCAGGGCCCAGGGCAGCUGAUCACACUUGUGGAAGAAACCACCAGCACUGCGUGCCGCCAGGAGGUGGCCACCAACCUGCUCAAGCUCUUCCUGGGCCAGGGGCUGGCUAAGGACUUCCUGGACCUGCUCUUCCAGCUGGAGCUGGGGCGCACCAGCGAGGCCAACACCUUGUUCCGGAGCAACUCUCUGGCCUCAAAGUCCAUGGAGUGUUUUCUGAAGGUGGCAGGGAUGCAGUAUCUGCACAAUAUUCUGGGCCCCAUCGUUGAUCGGGUGUUUGAGGAGAAGAAGUACGUGGAGAUGGACCCCAGCAAAGUGGAGGUCAAGGAUGUGGGGUGCUCCGGGCUGCACCGGCCACAGACCGAAGCCGAGGUGCUGGAGCAGAGCGCGCAGACGCUGCGCUCUCACCUGGGGGCGCUGCUGAGCGCGCUCUGUCGCUCGGUACGCGCCUGCCCCGCCGUGGUCCGCGCCACCUUCCGCCAGCUCUUUCGGCGCGUGCGCGAGCGCUUCCCCAGCGCCCAGCACGAGAACGUCCCUUUCAUCGCCGUCACCAGCUUCCUGUGCCUGCGCUUCUUCUCUCCCGCCAUCAUGGCACCCAAGCUCUUCCACCUGCGGGAGCGGCACGCAGACGCCCGCACCAGCCGGACCCUGCUCCUGUUGGCCAAGGCGGUGCAGAACGUGGGCAACAUGGACACACCAGUGUCCAGGGCCAAGGAAGCCUGGAUGGAGCCCCUGCAGCCCACUGUGCGCCAGGGGGUGGCCCAGCUGAAAGACUUCAUCGCCAAAUUGGUGGACAUCGAAGAAAAAGAAGAGUUGGACCUGCAGCGGGCGCUGAGCUUGCAGGCCCCGCCUGUGAAAGAGGGACCGCUCUUCAUCCACAGGACCAAGGGCAAGGGCCCCCUUGUGUCCUCCUCCUUCAAGAAGCUCCACUUCUCCCUCACCACCGAGGCCCUCAACUUCGCCAAGACGCCCAGCUCCAAGAAAAGCGCCCUCCUCAAGCUGGCCAGCAUCCGGGCGGCGGAGAAGGUGGAGGAGAAGAGCUUCGGCAGCUCGCACGUCAUGCAGGUGAUCUACACGGACGACGCCGGCCAGCUGCAGACCACCUACCUGCAGUGCAAGAGCGUGAACGAGCUGAACCAGUGGCUGUCUGCGCUGCGGAAAGUGAGCAUCAACAACCCGGGCCUGCUGGGCUCCUACCAUCCCGGCGUCUUCCGUGGGGACAAGUGGAGCUGCUGCCACCAGAAGAACAAGACAGUUCUGGGUUGUGAUAAAACCCGGUCACGGGUGACCCUGCAGGAGUGGAAUGACCCUCUCGACCAUGACCUGGAGGCCCAGCUCAUCUACCAGCAUCUGCUGGACGUGGAGGACACGCUUCGGGAGAAGCACCAGGCGCUGAAGGGCACCCUGGAGACGGGCACUGACCCAGCCCCCAGGGACAGCCUGGCCCAGCUGUUCCAGGUGCUGCGGGACCUCCAGCAGGCCCAUAGCUCCAGCCUGGCCGCUGCCCCAUCGUCUGCGCACAGACGCCUCCUGGAGCUGCAGGCGUGAGGCUCGAGGCCCGAGGCUCCCUCUGCAAGCCCCUGCCAGGUGCUGGGAGACCCUGUGGACUCUCAACCCUUCACCCAGCCCCCUCCCUCAGUGCUUCCACUGGGGGUGGUGGGGGGUGAGGGUCAGAGUCCCAAGUGGACAAGGUUCUGUGACCUGCUGUCACCACCUCCUGAUCUCAGACUUGCUGCUCUUCCUACUUCCUGUCGCUGCCAGGCUCCUCUCCUGCUCCAGCAGGGACAGCCCGGGGCAGGGUGGUGGGGCACACUCUGUGGGCCCAGUAGUGGAGGGUGUGCACUCCCCCUGCAUACCACACUCCCGUUCAUGGGGCCCGGGAAACCAGUCUCCAGUCUCAGUGGCCCCCUCACUCCUGGCUGCCACCCACCCACCCAGGGGUGCCCUGGCCACAAUAAACCUGCUGUCACUGCC